ACGGCAGUGCCAACCGCUUAGACCCCUUUAGGAACGGUCCUUAUACAGCCAACGCCAGCAAGCGAUUACUGAAGAGUGGAAAAGAAAGCCAAAAAGGUAAACAAGCCAUUUCUCACAACAGCUAGUGAAUUUUGCGUUGAUUCAGAGGAUAAAACAAGCUGCUGCACUUGCUUCUGUUUUGCAAAAUCGCCAUAAAUCAAACAUCGAUUAAUCGAAGAAGUCGUGGGCUAGAUUGCACCUGUCGUGGAGACGAGAGCGUAACCAAGCCGUCGUGGUGCGCGGCAAAUUCCGCGAAAAUGGAGCUGAUAAAAACGGAAAAAGGCAUUGCAGUUCAUGAUGUUACUAAUGGAAUUUACAGCCAUGUAGGUGUAGAGAAGGAAAUCCGGCGCCUCGUAGCAGCCGGAGUGCAAGUGAAGCAGGCAGGAGCAAACGAAAUUGUGCUAGAUUGGUCGUUUGGUGGCAUUUACCUUCAAUGCGGCCACACACGGCAUUAUCUAUGGCCCAUUACUUGUCGCAUAGUCGGCACAGACGUGUUCUUCGAAGCAGGCUUUUUCCUGGGCCAAAUCCCAUUUCGAGACUCGUUGCAGUGGUUUUUUGAAGAAGCUGCAAGAAUAUGCUACACAGGAAUAACGUUCGAAGGCGAGAAAGUGCCUCUUUCUUUUCGCACCGAGAUUGUAGAUCGUCAAGCGCGAAAGGUGGUGUCAGGCCUCCCGUACAAUAUUUGUCCAUUUGGUUGUCAGGAGAGGGACGGGAAGGUACAACAGAAAAUGUUGUACCCUAUUUCAUUACAGGAGAUUGAUUUGGCAACUCACUUGCAAGUAGAUUGCAUUGGGGCAAACGUGUUUGUUUGCGAACCAUUGGAUUUCAUUUAUGGUGGUAUUUUUUUGGAAUUUUUCAAACAGUUUAAAGAACGAACAAAGUAUUACCCAAAACUGAGUACAUUUAAAAAACUUGUAGCAAUGCUUCCUGUCGAAAUAGAUAAGGGCACUUUUUCAGAUAUCCGUCAGAUUGAUAAAAGUCAUAACGAGCUAAUUUUUUUUACGGCAAUUUUGUCGUUUAAACACAUUUUUAUAAGCCAGCACUAUAAUUUAUUUUUAGAAUUUUGGACCGCGAUAUUUAUUCUGUCUGACGAUAGACACAAGGAUUACAUUCACGAGGCCCGGGUUUUGUUGGCCAGCUUUGUUGAACAAUUUUGGAAUUUGUUUCAAGACACAUACCUCGACAAGGACAAACAAAUUCCUGGGACAACACAACAAUGGCAUAUGUUACUUCAUUUGGCCGACGAAGUAUUUGUAAAAGGAAACUUACGGCAAAAUUCAAGUGCGCCAUACAAGAAGCGAAUUCUCAAAUGGAUGGAAUUCGCGCAAAACUUAACAAUGGAACAAAUCCUCGAAAACAUAGUAGACGCAAGCACAACUAGCACACCGGAUAUGAAUUCAACCGGAGCUGAAGUAGUUUCGCUCAAAGAAGUACAAAUCGGCCACCUUCGCGUAAAUGUAGGGAGUAGAUUUGAUCGUUGGUUGCUGACUUCUAACCACGAGUUGGUCGAGGCGAAAAUGGUAGACCAAACAAAGCAGAUCAUUGUUGCUCAAAAAGCUGCGAAAUCCACUUGUGAAACAGUCACCUUUGGUUGCUUAAAUCAUACUCCGAUAUGGGAAAAACUAUCGAUUUUCCACUAUGACACUAGCCAAGUUCCGGUGGAAAACGUUCUGGUACAUUUACGCACGGAAGAAGUGUUAUGCAAAAUGGUACGAUUGUCAUAUUGUAAUGAGACUAUCUUUUACCCAUUGUUUAGUAGUUAGUAAUAAAAAAAACGAGAGAACA